AUGACGGAACAGGACAGGACAGGAACAGAAAAACCUUUCUUGAAUACGCUCUUCUAUGGAUCGCUGAGACUCAGCAAGAAGGAGCGUCCGAAGCGCGACCCGCGGCGCCUGUGCUGCGAGAUGUGCGGCAAGGUGUGCCGCGACACGUACAAACUGCGUUCGCACUGGGUGCGCCACUUCCCGGAGCUGUGCAGCUUCUCGUGCGACAUCUGCGGCUCGCGCUUCUUCGAGAAGCAGAACCUGCGCGAACACAUGAUCCGUCGGCACCACUUCGGCCUGGCGCCGCUCUACUGCCAGCACUGCGCCCGCCAGUUCUUCUGCCCGCGCCUGCUCGACCGGCACGUCAACCGAAUCCACUUGGGCAUGGCGGCGCCGGCGCCGCACUUGUGCGCCGUCUGCGGGCGCCGCUUCCAGCACCGCUUCCACCGCGACCGCCACAUGCACACGCACACCGGUGAGAAGCCGUUCAAGUGCGACCUGUGCGACGUGCGCUUCGCCGACCCGUCCACCGUGCGCAGGCACAAGAUGGGCGUGCACAAGUGGCUGCCCCACCGCUGCGACGUCUGCGACGUCGGCUUCUCGAACAAGAACGGCCUCAGCACGCACAAGCUCAGCGUCCACAUCACCAAGAGCAGCGACCCGGAUAGUUUCCUGACGAGUCAUAUCAAGCACUCGCACCUAGAAAUCCGUUUCCAGUGCCACUUGUGUGGAAAGCAGCUGAGCACGCACGGCAACCUGUCGCGGCACCGUUCGCAGGUGCACCAGGCUCACGAGCGGCCCUACCCUUGUGUCAUGUGCAAUAAACGCUUUGACACGCCCGACUGCCUGGCGCGGCACACGCGCACCCACACCGGUGAGAAACCAUACGCGUGUGACCUGUGCGACUGGAAGUUUGUGCAGGCAAGCCAACUAAGGACUCACAGGAUCGGCAAGCACGGCAUCCUGCCCUACCAGUGCAACUUCUGCAGCGCAGACUUCAGGACAAAACGAAACCUCAAACAACACUGUAUUGAUAAACACGGCACGCACCCACCAUACGUGGAGGGCGCCGAGCCUGCUGUGAAAGUUUAA